AUGGGAACAGCCACCUCACCCACCGGGUCGGACGACGAAUCCGGCGCCGCGUCUUCCAAAGACUGGCUAGCAAAUGAAGAGGGUGGCUUGCCUGAAGGAAGCAUCCACUCGGCUGAUGAUGAUCAGGUCGACAUCAAAGCUGAGGACUCCGCCACCGACGGCGCUCUUCUCACCGGUAGUGGCGACGCAACAAUACUCACGCCAGUGCACAAGCGCAGGCGUGUAACACGAGCAUGCGAUGAGUGCCGCCGAAAGAAGAUCAAGUGCGAUGGCAAACAGCCGUGCACACAUUGCUCCGUCUAUAGCUAUGUCUUUCUAACGAGAAAUGUUGUAGAAUGCACGUACGACAAGCCAUCAAACCGGCGAAGAAAUCCAGCACCGCAGUACAUUGAGGCACUCGAGAGCAGACUGCAGCGGGCGGAGACGCUGCUUCGCAAAUUCAUGCCUGAUGUUGACUUGGCGGACCCGAAUCUCGACCCAAUGGUGCAACAAGAGUUUCAAACCCGAGAGCGCGCGCGUAUGCAAGCCGCAAAACAGCGGCAAGAAGAACAAGAGCAACAGCAACAAGCCACCCAAGCCGUGCAACAGGAAAAGGGACAGCACCAGCAUCAGCAUCAACAUCAGCAACAACACCAGCAGCGACAACCGAACACAGGAGGAGGUGAAGCAGACGCUGACGACGAAGAACUCAUGUCCAUGGUCGCAAACAUUAGCCAACUCGAGUUGACCGAAGGCGGGGAGUGGGACUUCCAUGGUAUCUCCUCCGGCGCCGUCUUUCUGCGGAGAAUGAAGGAGAACUUUCACAACCUCCUUGGCCGCGACUCGCUCGUUCCAUACUUAGCACGCCCACCGCGGUACCCCGGUGUUUUCAGCCUCGACUCGCCACGAUCUGCCGCUCUACGCAUCGCACUCCGCAUGGGUUUGCACCGCAACCUGCCCCAUGCGAAGCUCACUCCGAUCGAACACGAGUCGCGCCGCCGCGUAUUCUACGUCAUCCGCCAAAUGGACACAUAUGUGUCAGCCUUGCUAGGCUUUCCGAUGGCCCUUAGAGACGAUGAUAUCGACCAGCCGCUACCAACGGAGAUCGACGACGAGUAUAUCACCAAUGACGGCAUUGUACAGCCUCCACCUGGAACGCCUUCUUUCUUCCAGGCAAGCAACGCCUAUACAAAACUGAUGGAGAUUCUCGCCAAGGUCAUUAAGUGCGUUUACCCGGUCAAGCGCAGCGACUGUGGCGCCGCAAACAACAGCGAGACCCCGACUUCGUCGUAUAUGAUUAGCUAUUCCAAAAUAAAAGACAUCGAGCGUGAGCUGCAUGCGUGGUACGAGCAGCUACCAACGUAUUGGCGACCGAACCCAGAUGGGCCCAUCGAAGUCAUCCGGGUUCGUACACUCCUGCGGUUUGCCUAUGCACAUGUCCAGAUGAUGAUGUACCGGCCCUUUCUACAUUAUCUGUCUGCGCGCGUGCAAGCGACUCACAAGCUGGACGACCGGUACUUUGCUUGCGCCGCCGCAGCUGUCAGCAUCUCCCGGAACAUUGUGCAUAUCGGCCUCGAGAUCCGCAAACAGGCCGUGCUGAUCGGCCCGUACUGGUUCAUCCUAUACACCGAGUUCUUCGCCAUCUUGUCGUUGGUGUACUAUGCGCUGGAAAACCCGGAUAAGCCGGGCUCAACCGAGAUCAUGGCAGACGCCAUUUCUGGCAAGGCUGUGAUUGCCACUCUGUCGAAGCGAAGUAUGGCUGCGGACCGCGUGACUGCAGCUUUGGACAAACUCUUUGAACAGCUUCCCGAUCGCCUGAAGAAAGGCAAGACAGGGCCAACUCCUCCAACGAGAAAGCGCUCUGCGCCUGGUCCCAAGGAUGUCCAGGCCGCCAAGACCGGCGUACCGUCACCAUCCACUGUUCCAAAAGCCCGACGAUCCAACGAGAUCAACCGUACUGUCGUGCAAGACCAACAUCGGCAGACACCACCACACCGCAUGUCCUUUGAAGCCAUUCAACAGCAGCAGCAACUUAUCAUUCAGCAGCAGCAGCAGCAGCAGCAGCAACAACAACAACAACAACAACAACAACACCAGCACCAGCACUCGCAGCAGCAGCAGCAGCAUGCACACAGCAUCCCUACGGCGCCGUUUGCUGCGAACUUCCAGGAGCUGCUUCCUCUCGAUAUUCCUUCGUCGACUGACAGUCCGGAAUCAGGCAGUACACCAUCAACGAGCCACCGAUCGGCGGGAGGCUAUGCUGCGCACCAUACGCCCACUGCAAGCAUGGGCAGUGGCAUCGGGCUCAGUAAUGCUGGUGUCACGACUGGUGGCUCCAGCGUACCAGUGUCUGAUGGAUCCACAUUGACGACGAACCCUCUGUACAAGCUGGACGCUAUGCUGUUCCCGUCCAGCGACCCAUUCGCCUAUCCUAGCCAGCCGAUUAUGGACUUUGGGUUGCAAAACCUCCUGGAUAGUGUGACUGGAGACAACAGCGGUGGCGGAGGCAUCGGUAGCGCCAGUGGGGGCGGCGGCGGCGGUGAUGGACGAGGUGUUCCCUCCAGCUCUGGCGGCGCCGGACAAGACCAGCAGCCGCCUUCCGAUGCAAUGCAGUUCUAUGCUCCGAACAUUUACAAUGAAAUCGAAGGUCAACUCUUGGAGCCCGUACCUGCAUACCUCAUGCAACCUUCCGGUGCACCGGCAGGCAUCGACCUCGCUUCCGAGAUGUACGGUGCUAAUAGCCUGCUCACACUGCAGCAAGCGCAGGCACACAAUGCCCAACAGCAGCAGGAGGCCGCCCAUGCACAUCAUCACCAACAGCAGCAACAUCAGCAGCAUCAUCAAAUCCCACAACAACAACAGCAGCAACAACAGCAACAACAGCACGUUGAUGCCAUGUUUGCUGACAACUUCAAUGACAUGUUUUCCGGCCAAUACCAACAGCGCUUGUGA